ACUGUAUGUGUUGGAUUCCUUUUUAUCAUGCGUCAAUGAAUACGUCUAAAUACAGUAUAGGAUUUUCAAGGAUAGAAGGAUAUAAACUCGAUGAAUGCACAAACCGUGAUGUGAAUGCAGCCCUAUUUUAUAGAGCUCAUGGCCAUGUUUCCAGAUUUCCUCACUUAAUAGGAGUUUAAGGGUGCGUUCACAUGUGCGUAUUUUUGCUGCAGAUUUUGCUGCCCAUUGACUUUAAUGGGCAGCAAAAUCUGCAGAAGCAAAUCUGCAGCAAAAGUAAAAAAUACGCACGUGUGAACGCACUUUCAGAUGGGAAUGCACAGCCUUAGGGCGACAUUUUACGUUUUUUAUCUAUUAGGAGGAAUUCCAUUCUUUGGAAACUGAUCCUACAAGGAAAGGAUGAGGGAAUCCUGACUGGAGGUCCAGCGAGUGAGAGCUGAGGUGGGCACCCAGCCGCCUUUCUGCGGGCACUAGUGCGGGGCCUAACUGCGGACGUGACUGGCGCCUUGUGAGGUGGCGCGCCUCUACUCCACACGACGCUGCGCUCGAGCACGGUGUACGCGGGGCGCCGCAAUGUCCUCAGGACCGGUGGGCCGCAGUAACAGACGAGCCGAGAUGUAGAGUCGUGAGGCUUGAAGCAGUUAACCAGUGAUCUACUAACCAUUACUACUUCCCUUGACAGUGGUGGACAUGAGGACAGCGGCUUUCCUUAUUACAAAUGCCACAAUAAGUUUGUUUCGCAGUUGCCAGAAGGAUGAGCCAUUCUUUGGAAAACUCCAUUCCGUAUGAAGACUAUCUCAGAAUGAAAGCCCAGACUAUUCCUCCCCACCGAAUGAAAGAUUUCCUUGAUUCACUCAAUGGCAAGGGAGCGGAGGAAAUGCAACAGUUUGUUCAUUCUCCAAUUUCUGUAUAUCAACAAAGAAAUCAUUACUUCUACAUGGACAAUUCUGAUGUUGCUGGUUCUUUGCUGGAGCUAGCUAGGCCCAUUGCUUCUCCCCUGCAGCACUCUGUCAGUUCUGGUGUCCCUCUUGAUCAGCAUCAUAUCCCUGUGCAUCAUGUCCAAUUGCGACAGGGCCACAAUAUUGACAUUCAACCAAGCCAAUCAAAUAAAACACUCCAGCAGCAGGUUGAUGGACAGUCUAUUUCUGAUGGACAAAACUCUAGCGUUGGUACAUCUGCUUCUCAAGAUCGAAGAGCUUGCUCUUCAGGAUUAUCUCAGCCAGUUAAAAAAAGAAAAUUUGAUUUGCCUGUUGAGGACAGUUACACUAUUAACCACACACCCUUACAAAACACUCCUGCUACAGUUGUAGCAUUGCCAUUGCAAAGUCAGCAACAGGCUUACAUUCCUCUUCGGCAGGAGCUGCUCACUGUAGAUAGUAGUCAGUUGUAUGGACUUGUACCUGCCAGUACUUCACCAUCAGGACAGUUGCCUAAUGUAGAAUCUUGGGCAAUCUUUUCUGCCCAUGCUACCUGUCCCGAAUCUCAGACUUUAAUAAACACUUCUGUACCACAGGACAGUUGUGGAAUAGUUCAAAUGGGGGAGAUUCCUAUGCACACUAGUAGUGUCAAACUAGAAGAGAGUAAAGAGAGCUUUGAUGGGAAAAAGAGCAUCUGUGACAAAACAGUACAUGCUGGUACUUCUGGAUUUUCCAUGCCAUUGUUAAACAUGAAUGGUAAUAUUCAAAUCCCCUUAUCCUUACAAACAAGUGGCCGUGUGUACCAGGCUGCAAAAUACUGGGAUCAACAAGUACAGCCCCAAGGCAUGCAAUGCUCACCAUCUGAACCACAGUUGCGGUUACAAAAUAAUACUGACUUUUUAUCCACUCUUAAACCAGAAGAAGGAGCUUUGUUUUGGAAGACUUGGGCACAGAUAAAGAAUGCUGAAACUCAAAAAGAAUCGGAGAACAAACCAUCGUGGUUAGGAAAAAAAAGACCUUUAAUUUUUAAGGAAGAUGUCCUCUCAGUUCCAAUCGCAGAAUUAAAUUAUGGAUUAUGUUUAAUAACGAAAGAAGCCAAGAAACAUGAUGGUUCUCCAUAUGAUGCAGAUAUGAUGUUUUAUUUGCUACUUAGUGUACAGAAGCAUAUGUUUGACAACAACAGGAUUGAUAACAUAUUUGCCGAUCUUUAUUAUUCAAAGUUUCUGGAAAAACUUCAUGAAGUGUUAAAGGGAUAUUGCCCAAGGGUGAAUCCAUUUGGUUACGUAAUAUCCAGCUGCAUUUCCGAAGAAAUGUUGUGGGACUGUAAACAGUUGGGUGCCCAUUCCCCCACUACCCUACUUUUUACUUUAAUGUAUUUCAACACCAAGUACUUUGUUCUAAGAACUGUAGAGCAGCAUUCACAAUUGGCUUUUUCCAAGAUUACGAAACAGACAAGGAAAAACCCAGGAAUAGGCAAAGACAAAAACUGUACAAUUCGCUUCUUGCGGCUCUAUGGACAAGUUCAGAGUGGCCUGAAAGUUGCAGAAGAAACCUACGUAGAGCAACUUGAAAAUCCAGAUAACCCACUACAGUGUCCUAUAAAAUUGUAUGACUUCUAUCGCUUUAAAUGUCCUCAGGGAGCUCGAGGACCCACAGAUGCCUUCUAUUUGGUCCCGGAACCAGUAGUUGCACCUAAUAGCCCCAUCUGGUAUUCUGGGCAGCCUGUAAAUGAAGAGGUGAUGGAGCAAAUGCUGACUCGCAUUUUACUUGUUAAAGAGGUCCAGGAAGCACACGCUUCAUCCCGCAUUUCUGCAUACUAAUCACUUGCUUGUACUAUAUAUCUGUAUUUUCAGCUGUUUGUAUAUACAACUAUUUGUAAAGCA